GAAGCAGACAAUCGCCGGCCUUGAUUCCGUCGCCGACUGCCUGUAUUCCUUCUCUUCAUCUGGUUUGAAAGUUAAACUGAAGCUGAAUUUUGAGGAGAACUGAAGUGAUGCUGGACCUUAAUCUGAGUGUUGAUCAGAGCGAUUUGACGUCGAAAUAUAUGGAGGACGACGGCCAUAAGCAGUUUUUAGAGGUAUGCGGAAGCGGCGGUCAAUUGGAAUACUCCGGCGGGACCUCGAAUUCUUCCGUCGUCAAUGUGGAGAUAUCGAGUAACGCUGGCGACGAGGAGCACUCAUACUCUUGUUCGGAUCUCGCUUAUAACUUCGAUAUACUGAAACCGAGUAACCGAGAAGGUGAUCAGGAUUUUAGGUCAGGGAUUGUGGAGACGAAGCAGCUCUUCCCUGAGAUUGAUGGAGACAGCGGCUUGAGGCAGCAUCAGGGGUUGGAUGUUCGUGGUAACAGUGCGAUGGACGAAAGAGAAUUCAUGUUAAGGCAGCAGCAACAUCAGCAGCACAGACAGCAGGUGAGGAAGAGUAGAAGAGGACCUAGGCCUCGGAGUUCUCAGUAUCGCGGUGUUACUUUUUACCGGAGAACUGGAAGAUGGGAAUCGCAUAUAUGGGACUGUGGGAAGCAAGUUUAUCUGGGUGGAUUUGACACUGCACAUGCUGCUGCAAGGGCAUACGAUCGGGCUGCAAUUAAGUUUCGGGGACUUGAUGCUGAUAUUAAUUUCAACAUAAGUGAUUAUGAGGAAGACCUCAAACAGAUAAAGGACUUGACAAAGGAAGAGUUUGUGCAUAAUCUUCGCCGUCAGAGCACUGGGUUUUCUAGAGGAAGCUCGAAAUACAGAGGAGUUACCCUGCACAAAUGUGGUCGAUGGGAAGCUCGAAUGGGGCAAUUUCUCGGGAAAAAGUACAUCUACCUUGGAUUGUUUGACACUGAAAUUGAAGCGGCAAGGGCUUAUGACAAGGCUGCUAUAAAAUGCAAUGGAAGAGAAGCUGUCACCAACUUUGAACCCAGCUCGUAUGAGGGGGAGCCAAGUCCCGAGGCUGACAACAGAGCCUACAACCAAUCCAUGGAUUUGAAUCUUGGUAUUGCUCCCCCCUCUUUAUCAGGAGGUAAUAAGGCAAAUGACACCUUUGGGAGCUUGCACCAAGUCAAUCCUCUCUUAGCUGAUACGUCUGAGGAUGGAAGAAAAAGGAUUGAACACUCUACACCUGUCACAUUGGGAACUCAAAUGCUUCAUGCCCACCCUCCUUACCAGAGUGGUGUUGUGACUUCUGGGUUUUUCCCUGUUUACCAGGGAACAGCAAUAGAGAAGAAUACGAAGUCUCCAAAUUGGGCAUGGCAGAUUCAAGGUCCAUAUGCUGGAGUUAGACCAGCUUCCCUCUUCUCUGCUGCUGCAGCAUCAUCAGGAUUCCGUAAUUCAACAAACGCUGUUUCAUCAUUAGCUGCUGCUCAUCAUCAACCACCAUUUCUAGCUUCAGCCAUCCCUCACCAUCCAUCCAUUAAAAGUACCAGUGACGUACCCCCAUAUUUCUUUAGGAGCUGAAGGUACGCCAAGCAGAUAGAGCAUACAAACAUUUCUAGGAGUAAUCAAUGCAAGGUGAUCCAUCAUUCAUUUUAUUACAAGUUGUAGGCAUUAGAUUGACAUAUUCUUGUAUACAACUCUCUAAGAUGGCUUUAUAGUCUCAUCAGAUGAUUGAAAUGAAAACGAGUGCCACCUCUC